UUAGUGCAGCAUCGUUGCCCAGUGUCUUUUUUAGACAACAACAAACACAAGACUUGAUUGAGAGAAAAGCGUACAGGGCAGAAACCCAUUUGCACCUGCUAGUCCUUCUCGGCCAGUGUCAGCAUCUCUCCGCACUCUCUCUCCAUCCAGACCCCGGCGUUCAAGCAUGUCUCUGUCCGGCUCGCAGACACCAGAGGACGGACUCCACGGUGAGUGAUGGUGGUACAUGGACCAGCAGGCCGUUUGUUUUGCUGUUAUAUCAUGACGUGCUCCUGGGUCGAGCUGGAGGAGCUGAUCGCAGCCGUGAGCCGCAGGGAGAGUCUGACAGGGCCACAGGACAGCAUCUCGUCCACCCUGCAGGGGGAGCUGGAGAGGAUCCUUCUGGAGGCACAGAUGGAGUGUGAGAGGAGUAGAGACAGUCCUCCACAGGUGGGGACUCCACAGUCCACUGGUUCCCCAAGACCCACUAGUGAGCAAGACAGUGACUGUAUCACCAUACAGGAGGAAGCUGAGCGGCGAGUGGACCCUGACUGGGUGUGGGACUGGUCCAGUAGACCUGAAAACAUGCCACCAAAAGAGUUUGUGUUUCAGCACCCGAAGCAGCAGGGCUCUCUCAGCUUGAGGAAGACAGAGGUGAUGAAGAGAGGAAUCUUCUCUUCCGACGUUCUCCUCAUCCUUGUUCCCUCCCUGCUGGCUUCACACCUGCUCACACUUGGAGUCGGGAUCUACAUAGGAAAGCGAUUGGCCGCUUCUACAACCAGCACGCUGUGACGUCGGCUGUAGCCCAGUGCCCCCAUUCGCUAACAGUCUGGCCAUUAAGGUCACACUGUUACUGCACUAAUUUGCCUCCUUCCUUCUUCGUCAUAGGGCAACCAUAGGACCCUGCCCGUCUGUACCUCUGUCUCUCUCUUCAUCUGUCUACCCAGCAGCACUCUGCCAGACUGUGCAUGCCGUAGGGCUUGCAGAGCAGAUGGAUGUUGACCAAUGAGUCAGACUGAGGUCACUUUUACUCUCCCUGAGAGUAAUACUGAGCUCAACCAGCUAAAGCAUAAUCAGAGAGGAGAGAUUGCCCUGCUUCAAGAGAAAGGAGAGAAAGAGAGUGUUACCCUGCUAGAACAAGAAAUCCUUUUGAUAGGAGGAGAUGAAAACGGUUAUAUGGGAACAGUGUGUUCGGAAUGAAAUGAGAAAGAUAAUAUGUGGUAGCCUUUCGCCCAAAACUUUGAAAAAGCAAAAUGUCUGUCAUUUGUCAAAAGUAAUGACCCUUUAUAACACUGAGCUGAGAGUAGCCCUUGUUUGUUUUUUUCUGCUCUGAUGGUGUAACUAAUGUAAAGAGUUUUAGUUGGCUGAGUGAAUGUAGGAGUAGCUCUGGUUGUGCUUUUUGUCCCAUAAACUAAUUAAAUAUUUGACCUCCGAAAAAGACAGUCAUGAUCCCAUUAAACUUCACUCCUAAAAACCUUUAA